ACCAUAGCUACACUGUCAAAAUCUCAUUGGUCGGUCGUGGCGAAUUCGACGCUGUGUCAUUUUCAGUUUACCGUGCUUUCCAGACAAUUAUCCCAUAUAGGGCACUUAGACUGCACCCGCAUUCAUACAUUCAGGACCACUAACUCCACAAGUCUACUACGACCUACAUACGCACUGUGCACGGAAGCCCUCGGAAUCCCCUCGACCGCUCGCAUACUACAUCUUGUACAUUAUUAUGACCUUCCCGAGAGAUGAUGAGUUACUUCUUUGUAUAGAAAAUAUUCUUCGCGAUGCCGAUCUUGACAGGAUAACGUCCAGAAAAGUUCGGCAUCUGCUUGAAGAGCGUUUCGAUACGGAGUUGUCUUCUUACAAAAAUAAGAUUGAAGUAAUGAUUUUGAACACUAUUAGAAAAAUUGAUUCUAUAAAAAACAAAAGCAAUGGUGAAAAGGAGAUACGCGCUGACUCGAGUGAUGCUUCUCCGGAUUCUGGAAACAGCUCUUCGGAUGAGCAGGAGACUCCAAGCAAGAAGCGAAGAGAGCGCAACUGUGAUGAAGAAUUCGCAAGAAGUCUGCACGCAGAAACCAAUGGCAUGAGGCGUCGUACCACCCCAACCUUCAAACCCAAAAGUGCAAGGCAAUCUUCAGGAAGCGGUAAGACGGGCUUUACUCGCCCACUUACGCUUUCCGACGAAAUGGCGCAGUAUAUUGGAGAGAAACAACUAUCCCGGGCCGAGUUGGUGAAGCGGUUGUGGGCUCUUGCGCGAGAAAACAAUCUUUUCGACCCGGAGAAUAAGCAGUUUGUCAUAUGUAAUGAUGACUGGCAGCGGCUGUUCGGCCAAAAGCGUUUCAAGAUGUUUGGGAUAGCAAAGCAUUUACAACGUCAUAUUGUGGAAUGACAUUAAUCUACAACAAUAUAGGCCCUCUAAAUCCGAUUUGCCUGUUCUUCUCGGUUGCCUUUUCUCCGGUCUUCGUUCUGCAUUUUUGGAUAAGAUUAUUGCCCC